AUGAUACCGCCAUUUUCGGCCACCGCGAUUGACCUGCCUCUCACACCGCCACUCCCUUCCAACGGUCUGAACAACCCUGCCCAAUCCAGAUCCCCGCAAAUGUCUGAUGGUGCCGUCGACUUGCGCUCGAGCCAGCUACCGCUUGGUCAAUGGCCCACCUCGCGCGUCGUUGACUGGCUUGCCAUGAACGGCUUUGAUGAUUUUGUCGACUCUUUUCAAAUGUUCCAUCUCAAUGGGGAUCACCUGCAGAACAUGAAAGUGAACGACUUCAACCGGGUUGGCUCGCAGCCCAUGGCGCGUCGCAAACAACUGGUCAAGGCCGUUGCGCGCCUGGUCAAGCAGCAGAACGAAAUUGUCAAGCUCACAGCCCGCAACAAGGGCGGCAAAAAGCGAGGCGGCAUCAAAGGCCUCUUUGGGGUCAAAGACGACAAGGAGGACGAGCCCCCCUCGUCGCCAGCCAUGCCAGAACCCCGCAGCAGCGUCGACGCUAGCAAAUUCCCACCUGCAACCCAGAGACAGAGCUCAAACCACAGCACACUCUCCGUCCCGGGGGGCCAACCCUCGAGUGAUGCUGAAUCAGAGCCUGACUACAUCCUCAUCCAGUGCCCGAUUCGUCGCCCGGUCCUUCCCGUGCCACGCACAGCACAAGUCCCACCGACUUGCGUCGCAGUGCGUCUCCGCGAGGUAUGCCCUUCUCACACUGAGCCGUCAUGCUUUUGUCAUGAGCGGUAUCAUCGCUACCCCAAUUUUGCCUCACAACGAACUCGCUUAUCCCGGUGUCGCCCACCAGACCGAUCCACCACGCAACUGGCACGCGUUGAGGCGCCCUCGACCUAUCCAUUGCAGCCUGACAACAAUCCAAAUUCGGGCGCUGUCCGAAGCUCUCGCCAACAUCGCUCAACUGUGCGUGCCUCUCGCCGCCCCCGCCAGGGUCCAUCGCGCCGAUCCAAGCGAUCCACGCGCACUGGUCACCCGAUGGGGGCGGCAAACGGCUCGGCUGCGCCCGGAGAUAGCGAAGAAUCAGACUGGGACUGGGAAUCGGAUGAGUAUGAUGAUGACGAGGACUACGAUGAUGAUGACAACUCCGAGGAGGGUUGGGCUACAGGUCCUACGGGUCCUCAUCAGCACCACAUUUUGCAACUUGAGCAAGAUCAGCACCCGACUUACAUGGCCGGCGCUGAGGAGCCCUUGUACACAAACCACGAAGCCAUUCUUCACCAACAAUGCCAGACUGGUCUCCAGGCUCAGCCCCUUGACGCGGAGGUAGUGGAGCCCAUUUACGGCAACAGUGACACCAUCCGUCAGCUGCAACAACAACAACAACAACAACAACAACAACAACAACAACAACAACAACAACACUAUGAACCUGCCUCUGAUGUUCCGGAUCUCCUUCAGUCGGUCGAGGAUCCUGAUCAAAUAUAUGCCAACACUGCUGAUCUACAACUCAUUCUGCGCCAAGAGCGCGACCGGGCAAACUUGGCUUCAUCUCACGAGGCACAGCUACAGCAGCAGCAGCAGCAGUUGCAGCACGACCAAGGAUCGAAUUUCAGUACCGUCACCCCUACCCAGCCCGCUAGCUACCGAGACGUGCUCUCGGGUAUGGGACACGAUCACCCUGCCGGUGAUGACUACUACAAUCCUUCUCAUGGCCAAGAGGCGCCUGCCUCUAUUCAGGGUCUUGACGCCGACGAGCAGGAGGAUGAAACGGAGGGUGUUUUGGCCCUGCAAGAGCUUGUGCGCGCUCAGUUGUUGAUUGAAGCUCAACGUGAGGAGGAAGAAGAAGAAGCCGAGCGUCUUCGCCUUGAACAAGAGGAGCAAGUUCGUGCCUACGAGGCCCAGCAGCGAGAAUACGAACGUCAACAACGCGAAUACGAGCAAAAACAACGUGAAUAUGAGGAACAACAGCGCGAGUACGAGCGCCAGCAGGCGGCAUAUGAAGAGCAGCUUCGGCUACAGGCGGCAUACGAAGCCGAACAAGCUGCCUACGAGAACCAAGUCCGAGCUUCACAGCAGGCAGGUAGCCCUGCAACUUCUUCCACCACAGCCUUGGCGGCUCCGGACCACCAUCAGCAAGAUCUGGCCGUUCUCGAUGCACUUGACGACGACUUUUCGCCCGCAUCUGGGGCGGCGCCGCGGCGACGACCUUCGUAUCGUGAUGUGCUGGCCGGCACGGAGCGCCGAAGCUCCGAGACCUCAGAUGGCCCUCCCCCGCCCAAGCCCAAACCCAAGCCCAAGCCCAAGCCCAAGCCCACUGCCGUUGCGUCCACUUUGGCACCUGCGCCCAAACCAAAGCCAAAGCCAGGGGCUGCGCCUGCUCAUUCCAACGCCAAUCCCGCCGCCCCCAAGCCUGCCGUCCAGGAAUUGGCCAAGCUGGCCGCCUUGGCCAUGACAGGGCGUGACAACCUUCAAUCACCUCGCGCCUCCAUGGAUAGCUCGCACGGCGCUGGGCAUGAUCAGCAAAGUCACCCGCAUCGUCACCGUGGCGGUUCGCGUCGCGGCAAGCGUCAUCUUGAAGAUAAUGACAAACAGCAUCCUCAGUCAGCUUCUGACAUGCGACAGCCGGGCUUGCAAGCAGGCCCAGGGUCGGGCGACGAGUGGCAGACCGUGCAGCACAAUCAUCACCAUCAGCGUCAACUACAACAACUACUACAGCAGCAACUACAACAUCAACAGCAGCAGCAGCAGCAGCAGCAGCAGCACCAAUUUAAACCAGACUCACAUGUUCACAAUGACGCACGCCACCAUGCGCACAGCGUUGAUGCCGCCUCGCAUAACGAGCACGAUCGUUUUCGUCACUUGCACGCUGAACAUCGACACUCCGAUCAAUGGCAAGGGCAGGCACCAGUGCAUCACACGGCUCGACGUACCUCAGCUCCCUCUCAACAUAUGUAUGCUCAGCGUGGUGAAAACGGGUCUCCAGUUUCCUCCUCUUCCGAACUCGAACGCGCUCAGCCCUAUCUCAUCGCUCAACCAAGGAGCAGCCGACGGAACAGCGCACGCAGUGGAGAGACAACCCCCAGGCGUCAGCGCUCAAGCGACUUUUCGCGCAACAACGUGCGAAAAUACCUGGAGGAAACAGGCCGUAACUCCGUGGUGUUGAGUAGCCCUGGCUCCACGCCGUCCAACUCAUACCGCCAGCGAUCUGGACCCCCAAGCUCAGUUGCCUCGCCAGCUGAAUCCAUGCGUCGGGCCACACCGAUUGAUUAUCAUCAGCAACAGCGCCGCCCCACCGAGCACAACCAUGGCUAUCAAGCAACACCGGCAGAACGCAGUGGUAGCACGCACACGGCAGCGCGUGAUCUGGUACAGGGUGAGCAGUCCUCGCCUCCUGCCCCGCUCGAGCGCCGCCGCAGCUUUGCCGAUGCCGUUCGGUCGGGCUCCCAAACAAAUUUGCUCGCCAACCUUCAAGCCCAUGCCAACGUCCUGGACCUCAGCAACAUGCGCCUUGAUCAUGACAACGCAACUGGCCACGACCCCACCCCGGUCCCCCCACCGCGUGCCAUAGAUGCUCAAUCAUGGUAUCGUCCCCACUUUGAUCGCACUGCCACUGAGGACAUGUUGCAGCGAGAAGUGCAAACGGGACGAUUCGUUGUUCGGUCUUCUCGCAAUAGUCAACUCACCCUUUCGGUGCUCGUGGACCACGAGGUACGUCAAGACGGGCAAUGUCAUGCCUCGCCCCACUCUCAUACCACCUACACAAAAUACCCACGGAGAAUCGCGGCCCGCUUGUCUUACUUUUGGAACAUGGCACGCAUUGCAAAUGCCAGGUGCGACACAUCAAGAUUCGCCAAGCCCCUGGCGGCCUCUGCCUACGAGCCAAUGCGUCAGAGAAAGAAAUCUUUCCUUCUUUGA